GCUGCGUGCGUGCGCGUUCCGGAGGCGCCGCGCUCCCGAGGCCACCGCCGCCGUCGCCGCGCAGAGCCGGAGCCCCGGCCGAGAGGAGGGAGGAGGAGGCGGAGGAGGCGGCGGAGGAGGCGCCGGACCGGGGAGGGAUUGUCAGUAUUUAAACAGACCACACCAUGCGUGAGUACAAGCUAGUGGUCCUUGGUUCAGGAGGCGUGGGAAAAUCUGCUCUGACAGUUCAAUUUGUUCAGGGAAUUUUUGUUGAAAAAUAUGACCCAACGAUAGAAGAUUCCUAUAGAAAGCAAGUUGAAGUAGAUUGCCAGCAGUGUAUGCUCGAAAUCCUGGACACAGCAGGAACAGAACAAUUUACAGCAAUGAGGGAUUUGUAUAUGAAGAAUGGCCAGGGGUUUGCACUAGUAUAUUCUAUCACAGCUCAGUCCACGUUUAAUGACUUACAAGACCUGAGGGAACAGAUUUUACGGGUUAAAGACACAGAAGAUGUUCCAAUGAUUUUGGUUGGCAAUAAAUGUGACCUGGAAGAUGAACGAGUAGUUGGCAAGGAACAGGGACAGAAUUUAGCAAGACAGUGGUGUAACUGUGCCUUUUUAGAAUCUUCAGCAAAAUCAAAGAUCAACGUUAAUGAGAUAUUUUAUGACCUGGUCAGACAGAUAAAUAGGAAAACACCAGUGGAAAAGAAGAAGCCUAAAAAGAAAUCAUGUCUGCUGCUCUAGACCCAUGAUCUGCAGCAGCUCUGAGCCAGAUUACAGGAAUGAAGAACUGUUGCCCACUUGGAAAGUGCCAGCAUUCCAGACUUCAAAAAAUAAACCUGAAGAGGCUUCUCCUGUUUUAUAUAUUAUGUGAAGAAUUUAGAUCUUAUAUUGGUUUGCACAAGUUCCCUGGAAAAAAAAUUGCUCUGUGUAUAUCUCUUGGAAAAUAAGACAAUAGUAUUUCUUUGCAAUAGCAGUUAUAACAGAUGUGAAAAUAAGUAUACUUGACUCUGAUAUGAUUAUACAAAUGAGCAUGGAUGCAUUUCAAAUGUUAGAUAUUGCUACUAUAAUCAAAUGAUUUCAUAUUGCCCUCUGAUCAUGAUUCCCCAUCGAGCACUAAAAAGUCAAACAUUACACUUUAUAUCUGUAAUGAUAUAGAUGUUGAGAUUUUCCCUCAGACUCACUGCAGCAGAUAACUUUUUUGAGUCAUUGACUUCAUUUUAUAUUUAAAAAUUAUGAAAUAUCAUCUGUCAUUAUAUUCUAAUUAAAAUUGUGCAUAAUGCUUUGGAAAAAAUGGGUCUUUUAUAGGAAAAAAACUGGGAUAACUGAUUUCUAUGGCUUUCAAAGCUAAAAUAUAUAAUAUACUAAACCAACUCUAAUAUUGCUUCUUGUGUUUUACUGUCAGAUUAAAUUACAGCUUUUAUGGAUGAUUAAAUUUUAGUACAUUUUCA